AUGAUCCGCGAGGUGUGGCGCAUCGAGUUGGGCGUGGGCGUGGGGCCCUUCCGCCUGGGGGCGAGCGUGGCCGAGGUGCUGCACGCGCUCAAGAGCCGCCUGCCCGUGCGGCCCUUCGAGAUCGCGUAUGACGCCGCCGAGCCCUACAGGCGCGACGUCGUCAUCGACUCGGCCGAGGACGGACUCAAGUUGCACUUCGACCCGGUGCGGCAGACGCUCAAGGCCAUCGAGUUCUACGACGUGAACCGCGUGGCGCUCAAGUUCGGGCGCGUCGUGAUCUUCGGCGGAGACAUCUCCGCCACCUUCAUGUCCGUCUACAAUCUGUUCGGGCCGACGUUCCCGGGUCACUAUGACGCCAAUGAGCAGAGUUACGUCUUGGGCUACGAAGGUGGCUGCAUCAAGUUUCCGAUCCCGAGCGAGUACCGCAAGCUGUACCAAAACGGAACGGACUUGCCCAUGGAAUUCCCGAAUGGAGCCACUCCAGCGGCUACAGGUUUCAUGGUCUUCGUGGGAGGCGACUAUCGGUCUCCCGGUCUUCCAGCCCCUACAAAGAAACACUACUUUGAAGAAGUGAACGUUGAGGUUGGCGAGAAGAACACAUCGCUCGUUUUCACGGGCCGAAAGCAGCGCAUCCAGCUCGGGUGGUCUCCUCAGGAGGUGAUUAGCGAGAUAGGCGCCCCGGUGUCAGUGUUUCGUAAGUCGGAAGACCCCAAUGACGGUGCUACUGUUGCUGGAGGGCUAGUUGGCGACUAUUUCCACAACUACCCGCACCUUGGGCUCGACAUUCUGUACGAUUCAAUGCAUCGAGCGUCGAAGGUGAUUCUGAAGGCCAACGCACUCGGCCAUCCAGACUUUGGUGCAUACAACAAAUGCAAUUUCCGGCUCAGCUUUCAGACGUCCAGCGCUUUGCAGAAGUCGGGGAUCACGAAGAAAACUAGCUCGCAAAUCACUGCCCAAACACCGUGGAAGGACAUCCGUCUGGCGUUUGGAGGAGCAUCGGACUUGCGGCCCAUUGUGCACGACAAUGGGCUGGGCCUUCACCCGUUUGGCUCGAGUUUGUGCUACUCGCCAACACCUGGGUGCAUCUUCGAAGUGAUGAAGAACGGCUUCAUCGCAAGUGUUACGCUGACAUCUUCCAGCUAA